UCGUUGCUGUAGCAGAUGGCAUUCGCGUUCGAUCGGCAAACGGUAACGGUUGUGUUGUGAGCAGCAGUACGAUUCUGUUCACAUCCGGGAAUGUGUUUUCGAUAGAGGGAACGCAUCAGAGCCCAUUCCGGUUCUAGGGCAAGGAGUUUUUGUUCUCCAGUGUGUUUUUGUGUGUGGAGUGUUACUAGACAGGAAAAAAUAGUGUCAGAUUUGUUUUCCGUUCUAUACAGUUCACACUAUUAUUUGUCCGCCGGAUAACGUGGCAGAAGGUAUUAUAUUUCGUUCCGUUGCCACAGCUGUUGCUCGUGCUCGCUAGAAAACGGCCCUGACCGUUAUGAGUCUUCUUUUUUUUUUUAAUUUAAUUUAUUCCCUUUUCCGGUUCAUUGCAAGCAAUCGAGCGUUUGUAUGUGUGUGUGUGUUUGCCUCGGGUGUUUUAUUUUUUAUUCGCUUUAGCUUUAAAAGAAACCACGUGGAAUAAAAACAAAAACGCUUAUGGUACGGAAAAAAGCAUCUCGCGUGGUCUAUUCUGUGGACUGGUUUAUGGUUAUUACUUUUGUCGAGCGCGGGUUUUCCCAGGGUUUUUUUAUACGAUUUUCAUUGUGGUUUUGUCUUAGUGAAGUUUUUUUUAACGAAGAGAAGGAUGCUGCACUGCGUUUGAAGUUACAACACAACUCUGUGAUGCACCAUAAAACGGUGGUGUUCGUCCAUCCGAUUAGUGACCGCACGCUGCACCCGCACCGCAACAUCCUAACCUUAUAAUCGUGAUUUAUGGUGUUGCUUUAAGAGCUUGUACUUGGUGGAACGUGUUCUACACUUUCCCUUCAGGUGUAAAGUGUUCAUCAUCACGACAUAAAACUCACCAAGCACCCAGCCACAAUCCCUGGCAAUCGUGGGAAUGUUUUGCGGUCGUGCGUGAGGUUGUGUAAUCCGCAACGCCACUGUGCACGUACAGGAAAUCAUCUGAUGCAGAAGAGAAUUGGUGAUUGAGUAGCCAGCCGCAGCUAAUUGCAAUGCUACUGCAAGCCCAUACACCGAGCCGAGAACAGUCCGCAUUUGUUGUGCAUUACCACGAAACGAAAGGAAAUCCUGUGGUGCAGAAAACAAAGGCACAUUAUGAUGGCAUGCAUCCGUGCACAAACAACUUCCACUGUUGAGCCGAGAGUUGGAGUUGACGCGGUGUGUCUUGUGGAGUGAGUUCACCAUCCAAAAAAAAAGUCACGAUCACGUGAGCUGAAUUUUGUAUGCGUUUUGGUAAAGUGAUGUUAGUGUUCUUACUUCACUCUUAUUUCUAGAACUGUUCCUAAUCAAAGCUGUCAUUUUUAGGGCGGAAAUAUUUGAUAGAUUUCAGUAGCUUAAUUUCCCACUACACCAAUUUUUGGUAGUGGCUCUGUGUGUUUUGCAACUGACAAUCAUUGUGUGGUGAGUGUGCAGGGUGUCAUUAAAAGCAAGUUACAUACCCCUUACUCCGUACAUAUCCGGCGCAGUACGUCGUCAGACCUCAUCACUAUUCAGUAUGGCGAGCGACGAACCGAACGCUCCCUCGCUGCUGUCACCCGUGUCAGGUACAGUGCCAAGCGCCGGAAGUUAUGCAAUACGCCAGCCACCGUCAGCUAGUAUCGUUACCAGCAACAGCACGGUAUCCACACAACCUGUUGCGGUCACAGCGGCAGCAAGCAACAAUCCUCCUAAUGGUCCGGCGGGUCCGGGCCAGCAAAGUUCACUGUCACCUCGCCGGCGGGCUCGGUUGCAGCGCUCGGAACGGCUACAAUCCGACCACUCCCAAUCGUCACCCUCGUACUCCUCCUGGGAGGCACUGAUACGGGACAGCUUCGGUCAGAUCGUUUGGCCCAUCCGCAUUACCAGCUGGGAGAUGGUACAGAACGAACGAACGAGUGGAAUUGGUGGUGCCGCAAGUGGUAGCGGGUUUAUGGCUGGAGGUCGUAAUGCUUCCUACCAUGCGACCGAUUACGUUGCAGCCAGUACCUCGGCCACAGAGCUCAUAUCGAGGCGUGGCGUCUUCUCCAGGCGCCAUUACGGAUCAGUGGACCAGCUACCACAGUCAGAGAUUGAUGGAUUGGAUCCUAACUGUCGACGGUUUCGGUUGGAGAAUGGUGAAUCAUUAGCCGAGAAGGAUGAGGUUUUUGGAUCCCCAAGCAUUCCCAUCCUGGAGAACCCGGAACAUCAAACACGAUGGUACUUCAAGUAUUUUCUGGGAAAAUUACAUCAAAACUAUGUUGGAAUCGAUUCGGAGAAGAAUCCUUACUUUCUCUCGAUUGUCUCGCAGGAUUCAGGAAGCAAGUGUAUGCCGCUGUACCGUGUUAUGCUGUUCCGGAAACAGGGUGCACAGAAACUUGCUCUACCGUACAACCCGCAGCAAAAGCUCACGGUGAAGCAGAUACUAUCCAACUUCACGCUGAUGGACUCGAACAAAUCGCCAAAGGAAAUCUUUUCCGCCGACAUCCAGAAGGAUCUGCUGCUGCUGGAGGAACAGGAGGGCUCGGUAAACUUUAAGUUCGGCGUAGUGUACAUGAAGGCAGGCCAAAAGUUAGACGAUGAAAUGUUGAGCAAUGAAUCCGGAAGUCCGGAGUUUGACGAUUUUCUUACACUGUUGGGUGAAAAAAUUCGGUUAAAGGACUGGGAACGGUACCGUGGUGGGCUCGAUGUGAAAGGUGACAUGACGGGAAAGUACUCCAUCUACACGCUCUACGAGGGACACGAGAUAAUGUUCCACGUAUCGACGCUGCUACCAUUUAGCCGAGAUAAUCGACAGCAGGUUGAACGGAAACGGCACAUCGGUAACGAUAUCGUCAACAUCAUUUUCAUCGACGAAGCGUCCUCUGGCGAAGAGACGGAGUUCAUACCGAACAACGUAAAGAGUCAAUUUACGCAUGUGUUUGCCGUCGUGACCAAGCGUGGUACGCGCUACCGGUUAGCGGUCUAUUGCGAUGAAACGGUACCACCCUUUGGCCCUACGCUGCCCAAUCCGCCCGAGUUUGAGGAUCCGGCCGUCUUCCGGGACUUUCUGCUGGUGAAGCUGAUCAACGGCGAGAAGGCCACCUUUCAAACGCCGACCUUUGCAAGGAAGCGUGAACGGACGCUGGAAAUGUUGAUAAAGGAUCUGUACGAAGAGUAUGUGCACGACAAUAAAAUGAAUAUGCUUAAUAGACGAGCAUUUUCCGAAGUUCUUUACGAUGCACCUCGCACCUCGAAGCUAAAGGAAGACGCCCGCCAGGUGGAGUUUGUACGUAUCGGUCAAGCACUCAAGCUGGAAGCCAUCGUGCGGGGUGAUGCUCCGACCAGUAUCGCAUCGGCCGGUACAGUCUUCAAGCGUCCACCCUGGGAACCGCACUGUUUCUAUCCAACGUUCCAACCACGGAACGACCUGGUCGGGGAUAGCUGGGGCCAGGAUCAACUAUUUCUCGCCUCAGACGAAGGUACAUAUCUCAUCAAGGAGGACCAAACGCAUCGGGUCGUAUUCGACAAGACGCUCUGCGUGAAGCAACUGAACGUGGUGGAAGAUCAUGGCAUUAUGCUCGUACGCGGUGGAUCUGCACUCCAGAAAGAUGGCCACCGGAUACAUGUGUUUCGGUUGAACGAGUUUUCGGACGAUCGAUUGGUGCAGCGAUCGCGCAUAGACGUGAAGGAGCGGAGGAUCGAGAAAACGCGCGGUUGCCAUCUGUACGCGAUAUCACGUGCGGGUGAGGCACAUCUGCGAAUGGCUGUAGCCGUUGGACGAAAGCUAUUGAUCUACCAGUGGAAACACACGGCAGCCUGGACGUCCUGGUGUCCGAACAGUGACAAUGAUACGGUGGAAGGGUUUCUGUUUCUGAAGGAGAUUCAUCUGCACGAUUCACCGACGAUCAUGACGAUUUUGGAGGGAUCCUGUCCUAAUGCGGGUCUGCUUAUAUGUGUCGGUUAUCGCCAUCACUUUGAGAUAGUGUCCGAGCUGACGGGGCAUGCGACGAAGCUGCACGAAACGGAUACUUUGAAGCGUACCCAAACACAUCUUGUGGCCGCACUUGAUCUUUACGACGGUCAAGACACUGAGCUGCUGCUGUGUUACAAUCAUACCUGUCACUUCCAGAAGCUUUCGGAGGAAUGUAACAACAGUACCGAGUUUGACUUCCAAUUUAAUACGCCACCAUCUUCGGUUGUUUGUGCGUUUCCGUACAUAAUUGCGUUUACACCGGAUACGAUGGAGAUCCGGCUGCUGGUUAAUGGCAAUCUGGUGCACACGGUUACGAUGGCCGAGUUGCAGCUGGUUACUUCCAAGAAGGAUAUCUUCUUCGUGACGACCGCUCCCGAGUUCAUUCCCAAAGGUGCCAAACUGCGUGGUCUCGAUGCGGAAGAUCACGAGCAGAUGAACAAACCCAGGAUCGAGGAGAGUCGGGUCGUGCCUGAGGAUGAUUCAUCUACGAGCCCGGGACGCAGUAGACUGAGUUCGGAUGAGGAGAAUUCUUCAGGUGCUCCCGCACCGACCCAAGAGUCGGAACAGUCCGAACCCAGCAAGGAAACGAGUGGUGGUGGACUAACCACACCUCAGAUUCAGCGCGCAAAAUCAUUACAAAACCCCAAACCUGAGUCGGAAGUCAGCAAGCCUAAGGAGGUCACGCUCUCGGUGGACGAUCUGAAGCGACCUAUAUCCAAGAGCAACUCGUACGGUGAAGCCGGUUCGUCUUUUUCCAUACCGACGACAACCUGUAGCAAAGAUUUGGCGAAACAUUUCGGUGCUCAACCGCUACCAAACACUAAGGACCUUUGUCGACACUUUGGGGAGGCGUCCGUGCCGCCGAACUCGCCACGUAAUAGCACGAUCGUGAAGGGUACAUCGCCCAGUUCGCCGACGCGUAAAUCCUUCAUCCGGCAGCCCACGCUGAACCUGGGCAAAUCGCAAACGAACGAAGGCGAAACGUCACCGUCGAACGGAUCCUCCAACAGCAAACCGUUGCGCAUCUACCGUAUACCGCUGACGAACCUGACCGGUACCCACGUCCAGUCGCAUCAUUAUCACUAUCCAAGCAAUGAUCCUGCCAAAAAGCCGACAGCCAUCGCUACCAAGAUGCAUCCGAGUGCGGCCAUUGCGGCUGCGGUCGUAACUCGACCGAGUGAAAGUGCUCAGGAGCGUGUCCGUCAGCUGCAGUCCUCCAACGAGGAGGACGAGGAUGGUAUGUCACCGUCGGAUGAAUCGCACGGUGAGCUUGCGGAGGCUACCGAGGUGAGCGUUCCACCAACGCUAAGCAUCUUCGAUCAGAUCCAGCAGGAUCUGCAGGAGCUUAGCAUGAAGGAUAAGCACGAGCAGGAUGAGCUGUGCAGUUCGGUCCUAACGCCACUGUAAACGGGGAGCAUCGAUCCAUUCGACCAGAUAUACACGCAUCUCUUGCUGCCACUGACUGUUUUAGGAAGGUGUAAAUCGGGAAGCUACUACACUUCACAAGACGAUCUUCAGUACACAAAGACACACACACACACAUAUACAUAUAUACUAAGGCUACAACACUAAGCAAAUGGUUUCAUCAUUAAGCGCGCAUGCGUUUUGUUGAUGUUAGGUAAGCAAAAUUGCGCAAAAAGGCGGUGAUCGUGAUCACGUUAUACUGUACUGAGAUGUAGUAGCAGGAAGGUCUAAAAUCUAAGCGCAAACCAUUAUCCUUAAAGCAGGGCAUACAUGGAACUGAUUUAUCGUGUCAUGUUUGGGGGAGGACAACACUUGCUGCAGCGUUGUUCGUGUUCAUCGCAUUCACCACAUUUGGGAAUGGUGGACGGUCGUUUAUCCCGUCCGCCGUUAGAGUUUUUGAAAUGGUUCAUGGUUCCGAUGUUCGGUUUCGAUGCUGGCACCUUUUUUCCUUAGGUCGGGAAGGAUCAAUUCAACUGAGCCCCUUGAAUUGGUCACGUUCACCAGCGAGCGUUGGAACAUCCGAACCAAAACAAUUUCUUGUGUUGAGUAUUUUUAGCUGCGAAGUAUGGUUGACGGCUGGGACGUGGGAACACACUAAUAUCGACCGGCGAUUGUGAGAACGUGUUGUUCGAUUAUCGAUAAUUACUAACUGAAUUACUGUAGCACUAAAUAACCGAGUUACACACUACAUACUAGCAGGAUAACUAAUACUAUAAAAAACACGGUAUCGCAAAUGAAAGGACAGUAAAAAAUGGCAGACUGUUGAUUAGGAAAUUGACGUGGCCGAAGCUCACGGAGGCGUGGUUGAGGAAGCGUGAAGAAAAGUGUUUUAUGUACAAGCAGAUAAGCAGUGUAGCUGCCGCCAUAUUUGAACUAGUGCUCAUCACAAAUAUUAAGUAGGAUACAUAUAUAAAGAGAAAUCAUGAUAUACACAUGUCUAUGACAGGAUCAACCACAGAAAGAACUGUCCUUCACACCCAAAGAAACAAUAAACCAAAAACAAAAAUACAUUGGUUUGAUCCUGUCGGAUGUUUCAGCUCCACACAAAGACACCUGGAAGAGAAGAGCAACGCCGGCGUUAUCUAUUUAUCUUCUCUGGUGAAGCCCCUCCAAAAUAAUAUUACAAACUCACACACACACACUCCCACACACAGGCGGCAUGUUGUUUCCCUGUUUUCUUGCGCUGUGAAAUUUAAAAGAAAAACACAUAAACCAGAUUAAUGUUAGUAAACGAUAUACAAAGCAAAACAAAACUAAAACAUGUUGAGUAGGGAGAGUUGUUCUAUCUAGAAGUUGUGUCCUCUACCACAUUGGAAUCUAUCACGUCCGAUCCGUCGAAUGAUGCUGGAAGUGUUGUAUACAUAAAACAAAAUGGAUAGUAAUGGAAAACAAUACAGACAAAAGUACACGAAACUUGAUAAAACUAGACAACACACAAACAAAGCUAUAUCGUUACAUCGUUGAAAUGAUGCAAACCAAAGAGAGAAACAAACGCACAUAUUACCGAAACCGUAUUUACUUGCUAGAACUAUUACUAUGCUACUUAUUUACAAUUCACUAUAGCGCCUACAUCCGUUGGCCCACAACUGGGAUGCGAAAGGGAAGGUCACAGUUUUAUUGGUGUCGGUGAUGAGUGUGUCCACUCAAGCGAACCACAGACAAAGCAAAUAAAGGGUUUUAGUUUAGUUGAGCGACUUA